GGCUCAGAGUAUAUCAACCUAUACAUACACUUUCUGUAUCUAUUACCUCCCCUUUUAUUUUCCCCAUCAAUUUUAUCAAUUCCUCUGCCUUUUUUCCAACUAUUUUCGCUAAUUUAUUAGCUGAAUACUCCAACACACUCAAUAUAUACAUACAUAUAUACGUAUAUAUAAAUUGGUGUGUUGUUUAUCUCUCUCAUCGACUCUCGAUGGCAGUUGAGAGAGAGCUCUAGAACAGAGACAGAUCCCUAUUCAUCAUCUUCACUCUUUCUCAAUCCUAUUUUUGAUUUCCUGUUAGUUUCGAUCUCAUUACGUGAUAAUUUUAAUCUUUGAAGUUUUGCCGCGUUAGUUUUGUGUUCUUGAUUGCGAAUUAGGGUUUCGUUUCAGAUUUUUAUCUCUCCGGUUAGUAAAUUAACUUCGUUCUCCAGAGAGAGAGAGAGAGAGAGAGAGAGCGGGAGGGAGAGAGGAUGAUAAUUAAAAAGAGCUUGAAAUCAGUAAUGCCGAGUUUAAAGCGGUGUCGACUCACUGAGUCAGAUGAUGAAGACUCGGAGACUCGGAAGAAGCGUAAGUUAAGCGGUUAUUAUCCCCUGCAUCUCCUCGGGGAAAUCGCCGUGGGUAUAAUUCCGUUGAAAGAAUAUGAUAAACCUAUUUAUCCUCCUCUGUUAGUUAACGGUGAUUGCGAAACUGAGAAGAUUGAGGAGUGGUGCACGGAUGUUUCGAUUUUGAAUAAGUUCGAUUCCAAAUCAGAGGAUACCGUAGGAGAAGAAGAUGAAGAUGAAGAUGAAGAAGAAGAACGAGAAGAAGAAUAUGUGAAGAAUGAUCGUCUUGAUCGAGUAGUUAUUGAGGCUCCUCCCAAGCCUCCAUUAGUCAGGACUUCGAGAGGGAGGAUUCAGGUUCUUCCGUCGCGGUUUAAUGAUUCAGUUCUCGAUAAUUGGAAGAAGGAGAAGAGUACAGUAACUGUUCGGGAGUUGGAUUCGGACCCUGAGUUCAAUCCUAAAGGGAGGAGUAAUAGUUCUAGGAAUCAGAGACCUACUGUCAAAUGUAGAAAUCAGGAUGGUAAAUUUGUGAGUAAGCAUGUGCCCUUGUUAAUUAAGGAGGAGGCAGAAACGACGGAGGAAGAAACGGAAGAAGAUGAGCUACAGCCUCGAAGUGUUAGGAGGAAGUAUGGUUCAAGUUCAGGCAGGGAUAAGAUAUCUUCAAUGAAAGAAGUUAAUGGUAGCAUGGUCAAUGACAAUGUUAAGAAGAAAAGUUGGGAAGAUGACUUUGCUCCGGGUGAUAUUGUAUGGGCAAUGUCUGGGAAUAACUAUCCGGCUUGGCCAGCUAUUGUCCUUGAUCCACUAACACAGGCUCCCCAACAAGUUCUGAGCUUUCGCAUUGAUGGUACUGUUUGUGUUAUGUUUUUUGGCUACUCUGGUAAUGGAACUCAGAGGGACUAUGCCUGGAUAAAAAACGGAAUGAUAUUUCCGUUUGUAGAACAUGUGGACAGGUUCCAGGGGCAGACAGAACUGAAUGACAGCAAGCCAGGUGAUCUCCGAUCUGCCAUUGAGGAGGCAUUUCUAGCAGAACAAGGAUUUACUGAAAUGCUGAUGGUGGAAAUUAACGCGGCAGCCGGGAAUUUGGAUUAUCUUGAGGCAAUAUCUAGAGGCAUCAAAAAAGAGAUAACUGGAAAUCGAGAUAAAAAAUGCGACUCGCAAAAACAGGCAACUUGUGAUACGAAAAACACAGGGCGCUGUGAACGCUGUGGCUUGAAUAUCUCUCCUAGCAUUUCGUCAAAAUUAGCUGACAAUACUAAUGGAGGACGCCUGUUAUGUAAUACCUGUGCUCGGUUCGCAAAACCCAAACAAUGUUGUGGCAUAUGCAAAAAGACUUGGAAUCGCUCAGACAAGGGGACUUGGGUGCGCUGUGAUAGCUGCAAAAUUUGGGUGCAUGCGGAGUGCGACAAAAUCCCCAAAAAUCGUCUGAAGGACCUGGGAACCUCCGGUUAUUACUGUCCUCGAUGCAAGGCGAAUUUUAAUUUUGAGUUAUCAGACUCAGAUAAUUUUCAAGCAAAAACUAGAAAGAAUGAUCAAUCAAUUCUACCCGACAAGGUUACUGUCAUAUGUUCGGGGGUGGAAGGCAUAUACUUCCCAAGCCUUCAUUUGGUUGUCUGUAAGUGUGGGUAUUGUGGGACUGAGAAGAAGGCACUUAGUGAGUGGGAACGGCAUACGGGUUCCAAAACAAAAAAUUGGAAAUCUAGUGUCAGGGUCAAAGGUUCCAUGUUAGCGUUGGAGCAAUGGAUGUUGCAGGUAGCAGAGUAUCAUCAGCGCAGCCUUGUUCCUGUUAAUUCUCAAAAGCGUCCUUCUCAAAAAGCAAGGAAGCAAAAACUAUUGGAUUUUCUGCAAGAGAGAUACGAACCUGUGUGCGCAAAGUGGACAACAGAACGUUGUGCUGUAUGUCGAUGGGUUGAAGACUGGGACUACAACAAAAUUAUUAUCUGCAUCAGAUGUCAAAUAGCAGUUCAUCAAGAGUGUUAUGGGGUGAGAAAUGUUCGAGAUUUCACGUCAUGGGUCUGCCGAUCUUGCGAGACACCUGAAAUUGAAAGAGAGUGUUGUCUCUGUCCAGUAAAAGGAGGUGCUUUAAAACCUACUGAUGUUAAACCUUUGUGGGUUCAUAUCACAUGCGCUUGGUUUCAACCUGAAGUCUCUUUCGCGAGUGAUGAAAAGAUGGAACCGGCACUUGGUAUUUUGAGAAUUCCUUCAAACUCGUUUGUGAAGAUCUGCGUAAUAUGUAAGCAAAUCCAUGGUUCCUGUACAAAAUGUUCCAAGUGCUCUACUUAUUACCAUGCAAUGUGUGCUUCCAGGGCAGGGUAUCGCAUGGAGUUACAUACCUUGGAAAAAAAUGGGAAGCAGAUCACGAGAAUGGUUUCAUAUUGUGCUUAUCACAGAGCUCCAGACCCGGACACAGUUCUAAUUAUACAGACUCCUUCGGGGGUUUUUUCAACUAAAAGUCUACUUCAAAAUAAAAAGAAAAAUGGUUCGAGGCUGAUUUCUAACAGACUGAAGCUUCAAGAAUCACCUAGUGUUGAGCCCAUUGACGUUGAACCAUUCUCUGCUGCUAGAUGUCGGGUCUUUACGAGAUUAAACAACAAGAAAAUAGAAGAACCUAUUGCUCACCGAGUUGCAGGACCCACUCGUCAUUCUUUAGUUUCAAUACAGAAACUGAACAGUACUAGAAAUAUUGCAGAGCCUGAGCCAUUUUCUACUUUUAGAGAACGACUACGACAUUUGCAGAAAACCGAAAAUGAUCGGGUUUGCUUUGGUAGAUCUGGCAUACAUGGAUGGGGCCUCUUUGCACGCCGAGACAUACCAGAAGGAGAAAUGGUUCUAGAAUAUCGUGGUGAACAGGUUAGGGGUAGUGUGGCUGAUCUGAGAGAGGCGCGCUACCGCAUUGAAGGCAAAGACUGCUAUUUGUUCAAGAUCAGUGAAGAAGUCGUGGUUGAUGCUACAGAUAAAGGAAACAUUGCAAGAUUAAUAAACCAUUCUUGUGCACCGAACUGCUAUGCAAGAAUAAUGAGUGUUGGUGCUGAUGAGAGCCGUAUUGUUCUUAUUGCCAAGACAAAUGUGUCUGCUGGUGAUGAAUUAACGUAUGAUUACUUGUUUGAUCCUGACGAGUGUGAAGAAGUUAGAGUUCCUUGCUUGUGCAAAUCUUCUAACUGCCGCAAGUUCAUGAACUAACUUAGAGUAUAGCCAUAGUUCCACAGCAAAGCCGCACCUUACAAUAGUUUUUCUUUUUUUUGUUCUUUUUGUAGCAUCAUCAUUGAGACUAGAGUAUAUGUGAGUUCAUCAAUUAUAAUCUCGAGGGUUAUUGAAAAAAAUGAAUAAAAAAUUAUAGAUAGAAUUGGUUUGCAGGUUGAA